AUGGGCCUGUGCUAUAGCUUGCGACCGCUGCUCUUCGGCAGCUCGGAGGACGCCCCCUGCGCCGCUUCGGACCCGCUCUCGGAGGAUGGGCAGCCCAGCGCCGUCCCAGCCCCGGUCCCGGUCCCAACCCCGGUCCCGGUCCCAGCCCCGGCUCCCGCGGGGACACUGCUCCGACGAGGCGGCGGCCUGAACCCCGCGAGCGCGCGGCCGGCAGUGGAGCUGCAGAGCCGGCGGCGACAAGAGCAGCUGCGCGCCGAGGAGCGAGAAGCCGCUAAGGAAGCGAGGAAAGUGAGCCGCGGCAUCGACCGCAUGCUGCGCGAGCAAAAGCGCGACCUGCAGCAGACGCACCGGCUCCUCCUGCUGGGGGCUGGUGAGUCCGGGAAAAGCACUAUCGUCAAACAGAUGAGGAUCCUGCACGUCAACGGCUUCAACCCCGAGGAAAAGAAGCAGAAAAUUCUGGACAUCAGGAAAAAUGUCAAAGAUGCUAUUGUGACAAUCGUUUCAGCAAUGAGUACUAUAAUACCUCCGGUUCCACUGGCCAACCCUGAAAACCAGUUCCGGUCCGAUUAUAUCAAGAGCAUAGCUCCUAUCACCGACUUUGAAUAUUCCCAGGAAUUCUUUGAUCACGUGAAGAAGCUGUGGGACGAUGAGGGGGUGAAGGCCUGCUUUGAGAGAUCCAACGAGUACCAGCUGAUUGAUUGUGCACAAUACUUCCUGGAAAGGAUUGACAGCGUCAGUCUGGUGGACUACACGCCCACAGACCAGGACCUCCUCAGAUGCAGAGUGCUGACUUCAGGAAUCUUUGAGACACGAUUCCAAGUGGACAAAGUGAACUUUCACAUGUUUGAUGUUGGCGGCCAGAGGGAUGAGAGGAGAAAAUGGAUCCAGUGCUUUAAUGAUGUCACCGCCAUCAUUUACGUGGCGGCCUGCAGUAGCUACAACAUGGUGAUCCGGGAGGACAACAACACCAACAGACUGAGGGAGUCACUGGACCUGUUCGAAAGCAUCUGGAAUAACAGGUGGUUACGGACCAUUUCUAUCAUCUUGUUCUUGAACAAACAAGAUAUGCUGGCAGAAAAAGUCUUGGCAGGGAAAUCAAAAAUUGAAGACUAUUUCCCAGAGUAUGCCAAUUAUACUGUCCCCGAAGAUGCAACACCAGAUGCGGGAGAAGAUCCCAAAGUUACGAGAGCCAAGUUCUUUAUCCGAGAUCUGUUUUUGAGGAUCAGCACAGCCACAGGCGAUGGCAAACAUUACUGCUACCCCCACUUCACCUGCGCUGUGGACACGGAGAACAUCCGCAGAGUGUUCAACGACUGUCGUGACAUCAUCCAGAGGAUGCACCUGAAGCAGUACGAACUCUUGUGA